AUGUUCGGAGGAGUGGCUUUUGCAGAAGAAGCCAAGACCUAUGAUGGGUUUGCUGACUAUGCCAAGGAGAACCAAAUGGCCCAAUCCGAUGUGGGUUGCUUUGUCAACAAGUGUGGCGAUCAAACUAAGGAACUCUUCUCCAAUCCUAGAGGAAUCAAAGGUGUCACAUGCUUGGGUAGAUGCAAGGGUGAACAGAGCUGUGCCACUCGAUGCUUUGCCGAAUUCGGCUCUGACACAUUGAACAAUUGGCUAUCCUGCACCAUUGAAGAUAAUGACUGCGUUAAGGUGCCCAAGGAUGUUGACAACUCUGCUGAAAAUGUGGGAUACUCUACUGCUGUUCGAAACUUUGAUCCAAAAACCUUGACUGGAAAGUGGUGGAAGACUGAUGGAUUGAAUCCCAACUACGAUUUGUUUGAUUGCCAGACGAACGUGUUCAAACCAAGCGGCGAUGAAGCUCGUGAAUUAGAUAUGGAUAUCUUUUUCCGUCUUUCAAGACCCAAGGAAGCUGGAGGUGGAUUCUGGGAAAAUGCUUUGACUGAACACAUGGUAGUGGACAGUUUAAAGGCAGAAAGAACCAUGCACACCGAGGGCAAAAUGUAUGGACUCACAUUUGAUGAAAACUGGUUCAUUAUUGGUGAAUCAGAUGGAAAGGGUGACAUCCCCGCAUUCAAACUUGUUGCUUACAAGGGACACACUUUGCAAGGGAACUAUGAAGGGUCUUUUGUGUAUUCAAAAGAACCAGUCCUGCCAGAAGCAGCCAAACCAGCAGUUCGAGCCGCUGCUGCCAAGGCUGGUUUGGACUUUGACCAGUACCAGCGAAUUGACAACACCUGCCCACCUGGAGAGCCACUCAAUGAUGCUGGAGCUGGAACAGGCACUUCUACAACUGACUGGAUAGAUCUGGUUGUAGGUGAAGGUGGUGUGAUCGACUGGAUAUCUCCUGGUUGGAGAGGUGAAUACAAUAAGUAG